AUGGCCUUGCUGGAAACUUCCUUGACCUGCGAGCAAUUUAAGAGGCGCGAUCAAGUGGCCUGGUGGCGAACCCGCCCCCUGCGUCCAGUGGUCGGCAUCAUUUUGCACCUGGAUAAGGCUACCUUUGAACUCCGUGUGACUGCUGAAGCAGCCAGAAGAUGGGCUGCGCAGACGUGCGAAGUGGCCACCAACACGACUGUCUCUGACGUCUUUUUGGCCCGCUCACGACAACCAUUGGAUGCUCCCACUAUGGCACUAGUUGGCGACUGUGCUCGCGGAGUCCGAGGCUGCGUUAUCAAGAUUUCGCACACGCUCGUCAGCCAUGAAGACUUCAGAAUCCUGCAAGAAUAUAUGACGCAGCGAGCGCGUCCCGACAGCGAGCUCGGCAUUGACGCCGUUUUCUCUCCAGAUAUCACGUCUGAAAUUAAGCCACGACUCCCCUGGAGUCUCUGUCAUGCAUACUCGCUACAACAUAACCCUUGA